AUGGCAUCCUCAAAGCUGGUGCUGUUGCUGCUGGUUGCAGCUCUCCUGCUGCAUGUAGCCACCACGCUGAAGAUCAGUGCCUUCAACAUCAAGGCAUUUGGAGACAGCAAGAUGUCCAACCAGACCAUCGCAGACAUCAUUGUCUCUAUCCUGGCGGGAUAUGACAUCACCCUGGUGCAGGAGGUCCGGGAUGCCGACCUAAGCGCCGUGAAAAAGCUUGUGGACAAGCUCAACAGUGUGUCCCCCCACCCAUACAGCUUUUUGGACAGCAUCCCCCUGGGUCGGACCAGCUACAAGGAGCAGUACGUCUUCAUCUACAGGUCAGACAUGGUGUCCGUGCUGGGAAGCUACUACUACGAUGACGGCUGUGAGUCCUGCGGGACGGACACCUUCAGCAGGGAGCCCUUCAUUGUGAAGUUCUCCUCACCCACGACACAGGUGGAGGAGUUCGUGCUGGUGCCUCUGCACUCUGAGCCCAGCAGCGCAGCCGAAGAGAUCGACGCGCUCUACGACGUCUACACCGACGUUGUCAACAAGUGGGCGAAUAACAACAUCCUCUUCCUGGGAGACUUCAACGCCGACUGCUCCUACGUGACCGGCGCCCAGUGGCCGUCCAUCCGCCUGCGCUCCAUCAGCGCCUGCGAGUGGUGUGGCCUCCCCCGUGACAGCGCCGCCCCCACCGUCUCUGCCACCACCAACUGCGCCUAUGACCGCAUCGUCGCCUGUGGCACUGCGCUACAACAAGACAUCGAGCCUGGCUCCGCCACCGUCAACGACUUCCAGGCGAAGUUCCACCUCCAGAACAAGGAUGCUUUGGCUGUCAGCGACCAUUUCCCAGUGGAGGUGACCCUGAAAGCCCGCUGA